AUGAAUCAGUACCAAUACGACUCUCGUCGUCCGCACACCUCCUCAUCCGGUCCCAAAAGAUAUAUGGCCACAGGCCUGCCACGUGGCAAUCUGUUCCAAGACGACGGAUACGGAGAUCAACAGUGGGACGAUAUGCCAUCAGCUCCGAGCGGUGGUGGAGGUGGGGGAUCGACGGAGAAGCCAACAGGACUGCGGCAUUUUUCAACAAAAGUUUGCGAAAAAGUCAAAGAGAAAGGCCUAACAAACUAUAAUGAAGUGGCUGACGAGCUGGUUGCCGACUAUUUUCAUAGUAACGUGUUGAAGCAUGUUGACGUGGUGGUGAAAACAAGAAUACGACAUGAAAACAUUCGUCGGCGUGUCUACGACGCUCUCAACGUCCUUCUGGCGAUGAACAUUAUCACAAAGAACAAAAAAGACAUUCGUUGGAUCGGUCUUCCAGCGUCGGCGUCCCAGGAAAUAGCGCGGUUGGAGGAGGAAAAAACGCGGCGCGAGGCGUCGAUUCGAGCGAAAAAGGACGCGUUGCAGGAGAUGGUCAUGCAAAUUGUGUCGUACAAAAAUUUGGUGGAAAGGAAUCGACGGAAUGAGCACAGAAACGGACGCCCCGAACAAGACACCCUACUCCAUCUGCCAUUUUUGAUAAUCAACACUGAUAAAGAAACAAACGUCGAAUGCAGUGUCUCCUCGGACAAAUCCGAAUUCCUGUUCUCUUUCGACAAAAAAUUCGAGAUUCACGACGAUUUCGAGGUGUUGAAAAGUGAGUUUCAUCUUGAAUUCGCGGCAAAAAAAAGUGAUUUUCCUCUAGAAAUGAAGCUGGCGUGCGGAUUGGACACUGGAAAUCCGACUGAUGAGGAGCUGAUAACCGCGAAAAGCUUCUUGCCAAGCUUACAUCAGGCCUACGUCGAUGAGAUUGUUACCACCUACAAAGAGCGCGAAGCCGAGCGUGAGGAGAAGGAGAAGCAAAUGCUGCUUCUGGCUCAACGACAGCAACAAAUAGCACAAAUGCAGUAUUACGAUCCAGAGACAGGAUCGAUGGGAAAUCGCUAUAAUCGUCAACUUCAAGAGCAUUUGAUAGCCGAUGAGGAUAGAAAUGCCGCAGCUGGAAUCAUGGAGCGCGACGAGGAUCUCGUCGUACCAAUGGAACGAAACGCGGUUCGCGGUGGUCCAAUGUACAAUUCCAGCGGAUAUUCACCGCAAAAAACGACGGCGAUGCGCGUCAUUCAACAGCAACCGUCAGCCACUCGGAGAUAUUAUGUUCAGAAGGGAACAGGCGCUCCAGGACCAAUGGGGCGCGAAAUGAGUCCAGCGAUUCGAACUAUGAGUCGUCCCUACACGUCUACAAUUCCACAACAACGGAUGGCUGCAGGUGGUGGUACUGUAGGUGCGGGCGGUGGUCCAGUCAAGUACUAUGUACCCCAGCCAAGUGGCGUCGGACCAGGACCCUCGUCAAGCUCGAUGGCGCCGAGAUAUAAAAUCCGUACACCAAGUCAGUCAACACCCGGCCAACGUGUCACCUACUCGGCUGGCGCCGGAGGCUUAAGCUCCGCCCACUUACAGCCAGGACAACGUAUCGUAACCCAGCGAAUUGUCCAGUCUGGUGGGCCACAUCCUCCAAGAACGGUAGUUCGAAAAGUGAUUCGGAAGAUUGUGGUGAAUCCGGGCGGCGGUGCGAAACAGAGUCCAGCGCAACAAGUGAUACAAAAGAAGAUGAUGGAGCAAGAAAUGCAAGACCGGAAGCCCGAUAUGCCGAUGACGUCUGCGCAAGCGGCGGCGAUGAUCCAACACGAACCGCCAUCCGAUUAUGACUAUUUUUGA